GCCUCUCUCUCUCUCAUUGUAACGAGCGCCAUGGGUGCAUUACCCUACUUCGUCCCUAUUCUCCUCCUCUCUCUCUGCGUUUCGCAACUCUUCUCCGGCGGCGCCGCCCACAACAUCACGGCGAUCCUGGAGGGCGAGAAGGACUUUAGCGACUUCAACAACUACCUCUCUCAGACGAAGCUUGACGACGAGAUCAAUAGCCGCCAGACCAUCACCGUCCUCGCCCUCAACAAUGCCGCCAUGUCCGCCAUUACUGGCCAGCAGUACUCCCUCGCCGUCAUAAAAAAUGUGCUCAGCCUCCUCGUCCUCCUUGACUACUUCGACGGCCCCAAACUCCACGCCAUCAACAACGGCACCACCCUCAUCACCACUCUCUAUCAGACCACCGGCAGUGCCUCCGACAACGUGGGCUUCGUCAACAUCACCGAUCUCAAGGGCGGCAAGGUCGCCUUCGGCUCCGGCGCCCCCGGUUCCAAACUGAUCUCCAACUAUGUCAAGUCCAUCUAUGAGAAACCUUACAACAUUUCCGUCAUCGAGAUCAGCUCCGCAAUUGUCUCGCCGGAAAUCCUCUCGGCGCCGGCGCCGUCCGGCUCCAACGUCAACUUAACGGCCUUGCUCGUGAAGGCCGGGUGUAAGACGUUUGCGUCGUUGAUUACGUCGACCGGGGUCAUCAAAACGUACGAGUCGGCCGUUGAUAAUGGGUUGACUAUUUUUGCGCCCACGGACGAAGCGUUCAAGGCCGUUGGUACACCUGACAUCAGCAAGCUCACCAACGCCGACACUAUCUCGCUCCUCCUGUAUCACGCCAUCGGCAGUUACUAUCCCACUGGGGCGUUGAAGUCCCAAAAGGAUCCGCUCACCACUCUCGCAAGCAAAAGCGCCGGGAAGUUCGAUCUGACGGUGUCGACCGCCGGCGACGAGGUGAAGCUGAAGACCGGAGUCGAUUCUUCGAGAAUCGCCCAGACCUUGCUCGACUCCACGCCGCUCUGCAUUUUCACCGUGGAUCACCUUCUGCUCCCAACCGAGUUGUUUGGGAAAUCACCUUCUCCGGCGCCGGCGCCAGGGCCCAAGGCUAAGACUUCGCCUUCUCCUUCCCCGGAUGUACAGAAGGCACCGAGCCCGGGGCCGGUGUCUCCGGGACCGGUGUCUCCGUCGCCGAAAGCAGCAUCACCGCCGGCACCUCCCUCGGAGGAGAGCCCGACAGGUUCUCCGGCAGACGCGCCUGGAUCGGAUUCAGCGAACGUGAAGAGCAUGGGCGCCGGUGAAAAAGCGCCGGAGUUUAUCAAGGCCGUGGCCACAGCGUCGGCGACCGUCAUUGUUGCAGCUUUGUUGUCCUAAACCGUAAUUAUGCCCAUUUAUUUGUUUUUAUUUAUUUUAAUUCGAUUUUAUUUUUUGAAAGCGUGGUUACCCGUGACCGUGAUGACUGUUCUUAGAGAGAUUUUUAAUAUAUAUAAAACAUGAAAUUUAUUGAAA